CUGAGGCCGGAAUAUGAGCGCAAGGUAGUGCCCAAAGCAGUUGCAAGACGAGGUCUCAUCCCUCCCUCAGUCUUCCUGCCAUGGAAGUCUCCAGUUUCGGUAAAUAGAGGAUUGUGAAAAAGAACUACCAAUUCCAGCAUGCAUUGCGGAACAAAAGGCCUUUUCCACGGCAUCCCUUGGAAACUGUAGUCUUACGGAAAAGGAGCUUCCCACACCGGAAGCAGGCACGAUUACCACAGUAACCCAAUCGAUACAGCGGAGACCUUCUCGCAGUUAUGCAACUUAGCUGCUAUGCAUCGCAGCGUUCUGUGUUCGUGUCUUGCGCACAGAAAAUAGACUAAAAGGAGCUGUAAGUUCCAGGAAGACUACAAUUCCCGUCCAGCCCCGCGAUUCUCGGAACGGGGAAGAUUAGUUUCCUUCCAGACAGAGAAGAGUGGAAGAGUAUUUCUUGAAGUUGGAAAGUGCUGACCUAGAACUGUUGGACUCCUGUUACCAUCCUGCGUCAACUUCCUGAGUAACUGGGACUACAGCUCCAGCCCGACAGCAUGGAACCACAGGUUACUCUAAAUGUCACUUUUAAAAAUGAAACUCAAAGCUUUCUGGUUUCGGAUCCAGAAAAUACAACCUGGGCUGAUGUUGAAGCUAUGGUAAAAGUUUCAUUUGAUCUGAAUACUAUCCAAAUAAAAUACCUGGAUGAGGAAAAUGAGGAGAUAUCCAUCAAUAGUCAAGGAGAAUAUGAAGAAGCACUUAAGAUGGCUAACAUUAAGCAAGGAAAUCAACUACAGAUGCAAGUCCAUGAGCGGCGCCAUGAACGGCGCCAUGAACGGCGCCGUGUCGUAGAUGAAGCGACCCCCAAGACUGUAGAAAAACAAGGGGCUGCCAAGGCUGGGAAGAAGCCACUCGCACAUUACUCCUCGCUGGUGAAAGUCGUGGGAUCAGAUAUGAAGACCACAGAGGAGCCUACAGCGGAGCCAUGUUCUCCAGCUCCAUGUGGCACAGAGCAGCAUCAGGACCAGCCCCCAGAUUGGUUUACAAGCUACCUGGAGAUGUUCAGAGAACAAGUAGUUAAGGAAACGGUGGAGAAGCUUGAACAGAGGUUGCAGGAGAAGCUUGUCCUCCAGAAGCCACCCUUGGGCUCCGCACCCUCAGACGUCUCAAUGCCUAUUUCAGAGGAAACCCUGUUUUUGCCAGAGAACCAGUUCAGCUGGCAUAUUGCUUGUAGCCACUGCCAAAAGCGGAUCGUCGGUGUGCGCUACCAGUGUAGCCUGUGCCCGUCCUACAACAUUUGUGAAGGUUGCGAAGCUGGACCUUACACCCACGACAUUAACCAUGUUUUGCUAAAGUUGCGGAGACCUGUUGCGAUUUCCUCUGAGCCAUUUUUCUACUCAAAGUAUUCCACUCCUCGUCUGCCUGUUGCUUUGGAACAAGUCAGGCUCCAAAAACAGGUGGAUAAGAACUUUGUGAAAGCAGAAAAACAAAGGCUGCGGGCUGAGAAGAAACAGCGGAAGGCAGAGGUCAAGGAGCUUAAAAAGCAGCUUAAACUCCACAGGAAGAUUCAUCUGUGGAAUUCGAUUCACGGACUUCAGAGUCCCAAGUCCCCUCUGGGCCGGCCCGAGAGCCUGCAGCCGUCUACCACCCUGAUGCUUCCUUUGCAGCCCUGUGCCCCUGUUAUGCCAACACUCAGUGCAGCAUUCGUGGAUGAGAAUUUGCCUGAUGGGACUCAUCUUCAGCCAGGAACCAAGUUUAUCAAACACUGGAGGAUGAAAAACACGGGGAACGUGAAAUGGAACACAGACACAAAGCUCAAGUUCAUGUGGGGAAACCUGACUCUGGCUUCUACAGAGAAGAAGGAUGUUUUGGUUCCGUGCUUGAAGGCUGGCCACAUCGGAGUUGUGUCUGUGGAGUUCAUCGCCCCAACCUUGGAGGGGACAUACACUUCACACUGGCGUCUCUCUCACAAAGGCCAGCAGUUUGGGCCUCGGGUCUGGUGCAGUAUCAUAGUGGAUCCUUUUCCUUCCUCUGAGAGCCCUGAUACCGUUGAAGGGGAUGGGCUUAGCUCAAGCAAAGCUGAUGAUUUCACCUGUGAGCAAGAGGAAGCUUUUCUUCUGGCUGAAGAAGAGAUUCCAUUGGGUGAGGUGGCAAAGCAGAUAGAAGGGACAGGAGCCAGUGCCCCACAGAAGACACAACAUGCUGCGAGUGAGAGGGGGCUCUACAUUCCAUCUGUGGACCUUCUGACUGCCCAGGACCUGCUGUCCUUUGAGCUGCUGGAUAUAAACAUUGUCCAAGAAUUGGAGAGAGUGCCCCACAACACCCCUGUGGAUAUGACUCCCUGCAUGUCUCCUCUGCCACAUGACAGUCCUUUAAUAGAGAAGCCAGGCUUGGGGCAGAUACAGGAAGAGAGUGAAGGGGCGGGAUGUAAAGCACCUCCUGGCUUUGUGUGUCUUUCAGAUCCCACUGUAUCAUCAAAGAGGAAGACUGAGACCCCAGCUGCAGUUGAAGAAACAGAGGAAGACCUGAGUGGGACCCAAUUUGUGUGUGAGACUGUAAUCCGAUCCCUUACCUUGGAUGCUGCCCCAGACCACAACCCUCCUUACAGGCAGAGGUCCCCACAGAGGGAAUUACAGCUGUAUUCCACAGAGGAGCAGCAGCCACUUGCGCUGCCUGGAUUCUGCAGAAAGGAUUCUUCCUUGAAAUUCGCCUUGCCUGAAGGAGGACCACGUGGAGAUGAGAGGGAGGAAAUUGUCCAUAUUGUUGAGGAAGAAGUCGUUGAAGAAGAGGAGGAAGUCCAAGAUGAAGAAGUCCAAAGUCAGUCUUCUGCUUCCUCUGAAGAUUAUAUCAUUAUCCUGCCUGAGUGCUUUGACACCAGCCGCCCCCUUGGGGACUCCAUGUACAGUUCUGCGCUCUCCCAGCCUGGCCUGGAGCGAGGGGCUGAAGGCGAACCUGGGAUCGAGUCUGGGCAGGAACCCGCUGAGGCUAGAGAGAGACUCCCGGAGAGGGAGAGCCAGCCACAGGAACAGAGCAUCCGCGACAGCCUCACGACCUCACAGCCUCUGGACAUGGUGCCUCUAGUGCCCGAGGUGGCAGGGCUUCCAGCAGCAUUGUCCAGGAGCGCCCCUUGUGGGCAGUAUGAACCAUCGGGCGUGGAUUCACCAGUUACCAUGGAAGAAGUUCCCCCAGUCCCGGAUCCCAUCAGAGGAGAGCCCAGAGGCUCAACAGGACUCGCAAACAGCAGACAGAGGAGCUGUGACCACUCAAGGCACCACAAUGGGAGCAGCAUUGCUGGAGGACUGGUGAAGGGGGCUUUGUCUGUGGCUGCCUCUGCGUACAAGGCCCUGUUUUCUGGGCCACCAGUCACUGCACAGCCCAUCGUUUCUGAAGAUCAGACCACAGCCCUGAUGGCCCAUCUCUUUGAAAUGGGAUUCUGCGAUAGGCAGCUGAACCUAAGGCUGCUGAGAAAACACAAUUACAAUAUCCUGCAGGUUGUGACAGAGCUCCUUCAAGUGAACAACAACGACUGGUACAGCCACCGCUAUUGAGGACUGACCUUGUAUUAAAUAACUGCCUGCCGCUCAGGCUUGGUCUCUGCCGUCAUUGAGGUGUGGGUGGAAGCCCUUGCUUGCUUUUUAAUCUGAUGAAUCUAUGUCGAGCGUCUCUGAAUUGUCAAAACAGUACCUGUUACAGUAUUUUUUGGAGCAAAUCAAAGGCCAGAACUUAAAUUUUCACUUUAGAAAUGCGACAAAUGGUAGGAAGACAGUUUUCAACUGAUCUGGACAGAACUCUCGCCGCUGUAGUACAUGGAAGCGUGUAUCUUGGACUUCCUGUAGACCGCUUUUCCUUCUGCUUGUAUUGAAGUUGAGUAGUUUCCUUUGGUUCAUGUGGAUGUUUUUAAUGGGCUGUUAAAUGUUAGUUUGGUUUUUCUGUUUUUUAAAGGUUAACCUUGAAUGUUUUCAAGAAUUAUUCUCCUAAUUUCUAUAACCAAUCCCAAGCUUCAUAGCUACUUUGUAAAGACAGCAGAUCAAGAAAGUCAUGUUCCUAAAAGACUUAGUAAAUAAGUAACACUUUGCUUUCAGAAGACCUGGCAGGAACCUGGGAGGACAGCAGACUUGCUGGUUAACCCACAGCACCUACUGAGCAGAGCCCAGCAAAGUAUUCUGGGUAGUGUGAAAUAUUUUGCUAAUCCUAUAAAGAGGGAGAAAACCAACUUGAUAUAGAAAGGGAAAGUUAACAGUCCUUUUUUUUUCUGACUGUCACAGUAGAUCAUAAAGAGAACAGGUAUGUGCAAAUAUUCAUCUCAGUAAGGUGUGGAUGUGGGGGAGGGGACACAAAUGCUGGUGAUUUCUCGAAUGUGUAUAAUCCCCUUCCGAGGUGUCAAGCCCCAGAGAGCCAAGAACAGGAAGUAGUGCUUGGGGGCUAUCCCACAGAAAGGUUAGUUUACCACUAGAAUACAUGGGAAGAAGCUUCCUUUCAGAGUUCUAGGUCUCACUUAGUUUAUAAAAGGGAGCUUUGGGUACAGAUGGUGAAAGAAGAGGUAACACAACACUAAAGAUUUUAUUCAUGAUAAGAGUUUGAGAGAAGGUAUCUGGACUCCUGGCUCAAAGAGGAAAGAUAGUUAAAAUAGCAUUAUUUAACUUAGUUGGUAUUUAUAAUAAAUGGCGAUUUUAAUUACUCAUGAUACGUUUAUUUACAGUCUAACUCUUGAAUGCUUCUAAAUAAACCACAAUUCAAACUGCAA